AUGGAUCUCGAAGGCUUCGUCUCUUUGUGCAAGCGUCGCGGCUUUGUGUUCCCGAGCGGUGAGAUCUAUGGUGGCUACAACGGUUUUUUUGAUUACGGGCCCUUGGGUGCCGAGUUGAAAAACAAUCUAAAGAAGCUUUGGUGGCGAAGGAUGGUUCACAGCCGUGACGACGUUGUCGGCCUUGACAGCUCCAUCGUGACGACACCUUCUGUGCACAAGGCCUCGGGCCACGUGGAAAACUUUUCGGACCCCAUGGUCGAUUGUAAGGAGAGCAAGCAGAGGUAUCGGGCCGAUCAGCUGAUGUGGGCGAAGGUAGAACUCGAGGGCGUUGACGGCCCUGAGGGCACCUUGGGUUACGUCUCCAUGGUGGAGGAUGGCAACGUGGCCGCGGCCUUGCAGAAAGCGGCGCAGAAGAUGGCCAUUGGCUGCCGCUGCAACGAUGGCGCGGAUGCAGCGACAGAGGCCACGGCGGAGGAUGAUGUGGUCCCGAUGAGCGCCAUUGGCGAGCCAAAGGUGGUGAAGAAGGACAAACACAAGUUGGAGGACUCGCGCAAGAAGCUGCUCUCCUGCGCAAAAGCCUUGCGGGCGCGGAUGGCCAAGGAGCAGGUGGAGGUGUGGAAGAAGGCGGAGGCCGAGUUCAGCGUGCAAAAAAUGAUCUGGCAAAGCUUGAGCCUUCAGCGCGGUGCCAAGCAUCAGGGCACUGCGGCCAUGAUCGAGUCGAAGCUGGAGUUUGCGGUGCAGACUCACGCCAAGGACCUGCCCGCCGCAGUCGAAGCCCUGGACCUGUGCCUGGAACGCAACCAAGGACUGGACCUACUGGGAGUUGCCAUGAUCGAAUCUAUCGAGGCCAUCAAGAAUGCCGCGCUCCACGCCGAUGCGCGGCAGGAGCUGGCGAAGAUGCUCGAGAAGGCCGCCGAGGAGCUCGGCUCCGGCGUGGUGUCUCGGCGGGGCGCCGACCUGAUUGCCCUGCUGGGCGACUGCGGAAUUCAGGAGCCGAAGCUGGAGUCUGCGAUCAAAGCGGCCUGGAUUGCGGCGGGCGCCUCAGAGCAAAGCCGAAGUCGUGCUCUCUCCGCGCCGCUGAAGCCUUUGGUCAUCAAGGACAUGACAGAGGCUGUGGAUGAGGAGGUUCCGCUGAUCCCUUCGCCUGCCACCCAGAAGCCCGGCAGUUUGACCGCAGCCAGGGCCUUCAACUUGAUGUUCGAGACCAACGUGGGCCCCUACUCGGAUGCCUCCUCCAAGAGCUACCUGCGGCCCGAGACCGCGCAGGGCAUCUUCGUGAACUACAAGCAGGUGCAGUAUGUCACAAGGCAGAAGGUGCCUUUCGGGAUUGCUCAGAUCGGCAAGGCGUUCCGCAACGAGAUCACACCCAGGCAGUUCCUGUUCAGAAGCCGAGAGUUUGAGCAGAUGGAGAUCGAGUACUUCAUCGACCCCGAGGCGGACUUUAAGGCCUUCCAGGAGCAGUGGAUCCAGGAGAUGUGGAACUUUCUGAAGGCUGUUGGCUUGAAGGAGUCCUUGAUGGACCGUGAGGUGCACGAGGGGAACAAACUGGCCCAUUAUGCGAGAGCCUGCACGGACAUUGUCUUCAGGUAUCCGUUCGGGACCCAGGAGCUGUUGGGUGUGGCCGCGCGGGGUGAGUACGACCUGCAGCAGCACGCCAAGGCCAGUGGCCAAGGCAUGGAAUAUCAGGUCCCGGGGCAGAAGCGGAAGUUCGUACCGCAUGUCAUUGAGCCGUCCCUAGGAGUGGACCGGCUGUUUCUGGCGCUGCUCUGUAGCGCCUAUGACGAAGACGUGGUGGGGGACGAGAAGCGGUCCCUCUUGAGGUUCCACCCCUGCGUGGCGCCCAUCACCUGCGCGGUCUUCCCGCUCAUGAAGAAGCCCCCAUCACUCGUGGAAAAGGCCCGCAGCCUAGCAGCACGGCUUCGGCAGCGUGGCUGGAAUGUCCUCUACGAUGAGGCUGGCAGCAUUGGGAAGCGCUACCGGCGCAUGGAUGAGGUUGGAACCCCUUUCUGCUGCACCGUGGACUUUGACACCCUUGAGGACGACACCGUGACCGUGCGGCGUCGGGACGAGCCGCUGGAGGUCGUGCGCAUGCACUGCGAAGAUGUGACAGGCUUCCUGGACGACGCGUGCCAGCUGCCAAUGUGA